AACAUAUAAAAGACGUAGGAAAGCCGAGAGCGGCGAGUAGCCUCCACAACCACGGCAGUCCCGCCGCACCAAGGGAUUGGUUAAAGUACAUUAAAGACUGGAGUAGUUCGUUUCACGAUUUUCUUCAGUAUUUUUGUAGUAACCAUCUCGGCGAGCAUCCCUUAAUUUUAAGUGAAGGCAUCAAGACAUCAAGGAUGUCGCUGACUCUGGAUCCCGGACCCGGCAUAGCCGCCCUGCAAGCAUGGGGCGGCCAGGUAGCGGCAUAUGGCGCCUCAAACCAAACCGUCGUGGAUAAGGUGCCACCCGAUAUGCUUCACAUGGUCGAUCCUCACUGGUACCAGUUUCCUCCAAUGAACCCGCUUUGGCACGGACUCUUGGGAUUCACUAUCGGCUGUCUCGGAUUCAUUUCUAUUUCUGGCAACGGAAUGGUCAUCUACAUUUUCAUGUCAACGAAGAGUCUUAAAACUCCAUCCAACUUGCUAGUGGUGAAUCUUGCUUUCUCCGACUUCCUGAUGAUGUGCGCGAUGUCUCCUGCUAUGGUAGUUAAUUGUUACAACGAAACAUGGGUAUGGGGUCCUCUCGCUUGUGAACUUUACGCUUGCGCUGGCUCUCUAUUUGGUUGUGCCUCGAUUUGGACGAUGACAAUGAUAGCUUUCGACCGCUACAAUGUCAUCGUAAAAGGUAUCGCCGCCAAGCCAAUGACCAACAAUGGGGCUCUUCUACGUAUUCUCGGCAUCUGGUUGUUCUCACUUGCAUGGACUCUUGCUCCUUUCUUCGGCUGGAAUCGAUAUGUGCCGGAAGGGAACAUGACUGCGUGCGGUACCGACUAUUUGUCCAAAGAUUGGUUCAGCCGAAGCUACAUCCUAAUCUACUCCGUAUUCUGUUACUUCAUGCCUCUUCUGCUGAUCAUAUACUCUUACUUCUUCAUUGUCCAGGCCGUAGCAGCUCACGAGAAGGGGAUGAGGGAACAAGCUAAGAAAAUGAACGUAGCUUCUCUGAGGUCGUCGGAAGCAGCUAACACAAGCGCAGAGUGCAAAUUGGCAAAGGUAGCGUUAAUGACCAUUUCACUGUGGUUCAUGGCGUGGACACCAUACCUUGUGAUAAACUACACGGGUGUGUUUGAAAGCGCGCCCAUUAGCCCUCUGGCUACUAUCUGGGGCUCACUCUUUGCCAAGGCCAACGCCGUUUACAAUCCUAUUGUAUAUGGCAUCAGCCACCCGAAGUACCGCGCUGCGUUGUACCAGAGAUUCCCAUCACUGUCGUGCCAGGCUUCGCCAGACGAGACCGGCUCUGUGGCGUCCGGGGCCACCGCCGUCUCCGAGGAGAAGCCUGCCGCCUAGGCAAGCCACCUCGCCUUAUCGACGACAAACCUCUACGACUACGGCUACGCUGCUCUAUGGACACACGAUUUGCCAAAGCGAUAUUAUUUAUUAUUUUUAUACGCAAACAUUUUACAUUUGUACAAAGCUAUAAACUCGAGCACAGAGCGUGUGCUGGUUGCAAAAUAUUCAGGUUGUCCACCCUACAAAUCGGCACUUGCGUAUUUUGAGUUCACGUUUUGGGUAUCGAGUUGAACUUGCACACUUUUCUUAUAGGUACCUAACAUUUGCCUUAAAUAUAAGUCGACGACAUAUGAAAAAAUACAAAAAAAAAAACAAUCAGCGGUAUGUCGUCAGGCUACCCCGUUACCCAUGAGACUGCUCCUCUUAGAUUUAGGCAUUGCUCUUAGAAAUUUCAAUGAUGAAACAGGCUCUGUAUCUUGGACUAAUAAAGUUAAGCAAGCAAAGUGGUUAUUAUAAUCACAUUAA